GGACAGUGAAACAUGGCGUCUCUGAGGUGUUUCCUGCGCUCGGGGAAGAGUGCCGUUUCAGCGGUUUUGCGGCGGGAGUUUCACAGGACUCCUCCGGCGGCGGUGCAGGUGACGGUUCGAGAUGCCCUUAACCAGGCCAUGGACGAGGAGCUGGAGAGAGACGAACGGGUCUUCCUGCUCGGAGAGGAAGUCGCACAGUAUGACGGCGCAUACAAGGUCAGCAGAGGCCUGUGGAAAAAAUACGGAGACAAACGUAUCAUUGACACCCCCAUUACAGAAAUGGGAUUUGCUGGCAUUGCCGUCGGUGCCGCCAUGGCAGGUUUGAGGCCCAUCUGCGAGUUCAUGACCUUUAACUUCUCCAUGCAAGCCAUAGAUCAGGUCAUCAACUCGGCUGCCAAGACCUACUACAUGUCUGCAGGCCUUCAGGCCGUCCCCAUCGUUUUUCGUGGCCCUAACGGAGCUUCAGCUGGUGUGGCGGCUCAACACUCGCAGUGUUUCGCUGCUUGGUACGGUCACUGUCCCGGACUAAAGGUAUUGAGUCCCUGGAACUCCGAGGACGCCAGGGGUCUCCUAAAAGCUGCCAUCCGUGACGAUAACCCUGUGGUGUUUUUGGAGAAUGAGCUGAUGUACGGUGUGCCGUUCGAGAUGUCGGAAGAGGUGCAGUCAAAAGACUUCGUCAUCCCUAUUGGAAAAGCUAAGAUUGAAAGACAGGGAAAUCACAUCACAUUGGUGUCUCACUCCCGAAUGGUCGGUCUGUGUCUCGAUGCUGCUGCUGUUUUGGCCAAGGAGGGCAUUGAAUGUGAGGUUAUAAACCUGCGUUCUAUCAGGCCUCUGGACGCUGACACCAUUGAAACAAGCAUCACGAAAACAAAUCAUCUGGUCACUGUGGAGGGCGGCUGGCCUCAGUUUGGCGUCGGGGCAGAGAUUCUUGCCCGAAUCAUGGAGGGUCCUGCUUUCAAUUACCUCGACGCCCCUGCGGUUCGGGUCACGGGUGUUGAUAUUCCCAUGCCGUACGCCAAGAUUCUGGAGGACAACAGCAUACCACAAAUCAAGGACAUCAUCUUCUCCGUUAAAAAGACUCUGAAUGUUUAAGAUAAUAACCCCUCCAUCCGGACACAAUAAAUAUGAAAUACUCCAUGUUCUCUUCCGUUUCUGCAUUGGUGUUUGGGGAAUUCUAGGAUGUUUUCUCUCAUCUCGAAAAUGUCUUUGUUACAUGGUCUUUCCCUCAUCACUACAGUCAAAUUAUUUGCUCAUUUUGAUUAUAAAAUGAGGUUUUGUCAUGACGAUAAUGUUUAUUAUGGCCAUAAACAACCAACCAACCCAUGUGUAAUAUGCUGUAAAUUCUACUUUAAGCUAAAGUAAUAAACUUUUAUCUCAAUGGA